AUGGGGAGCGCAGCAGCGGACGCGCUAUUGCCACUGCACCCCGAGACGUUCGCCGCCGAAUCGCACGCCGUGGUCGACUUCCUCGACGGGUACUACCGCAACAUCCAGAGCUACCCUGUCCGGCCUGAUGCCGAGCUAGGGCGCCUCCGGACGCUUCUACCCGACGCGGCCCCCGAGGAUGGCGAGCCGGUGGACGUAGUACUGGAGGACGUGCGGCGGCACAUUGUCCCGGGGUUGAUGCACUGGCAGAGCCCCAGCUUCUUUGCAUACUAUCCAAUGAACGCGAGCACGGCCGGGUUCGCCGGUGAGAUGCUCUCCGCCGGCCUCAACGUGGUGCCGUUCGCGUGGGCUGCCUCGCCGGCUGCAACCGAGCUCGAGGCCGUCGUGGUGGACUGGAUGGCGAAGCUGGUGGGCCUCCCGGAACGCUUCCUCUUCUCUGGUGGCGGCGGGGGCGUGCUGCAAGGGAGCACCUGCGAGGCCGUGGUGUGCACGCUCGUAGCCGCGCGCGAUCGCGCGCUGAUCAUGCUCGGUGGCCAUGAGGGCAUCCUGCGGCUGGUGGUCUAUGCCUCCGAUCAGAGCCACUCCACUUUCCAGAAGGGCGCGAGGAUCGUAGGGAUCCCACCGGCCAACUUCCGCGUCAUCCAGACAUCGGCGGCGUCGAGUUACGGCCUCACCGCGGACAGUGUCCGCCGCGCUGUGGAUGCUGACGUGGCCAGCGGGCUUGUGCCGUUGUACCUGUGUGCCACUGUCGGCACGACCGGGCUUGGCGCCGUCGAUCCACUGCGCGAGCUGGGCGAGGUGGCCAGACGAUACGACAUGUGGUUACAUGUCGACGCCGCGCACGCAGGUAGCUCUCUGAUCUGCCGCGAGUUCCAGGAUUGCCUUGACGGCGCCGAGCUUGCAGACUCCGUGAGCAUGAACCCGCACAAGUGGUUCCUCACCAACAUGGAGUGCUGCUGCCUGUGGGUGGCGAGCCCGGCCGCACUUACAUCCGCACUCUCCAGCAACCCAGAAUACCUCAACAACAUCAGCACCGAAAAUGCAGCAGCAAUGGACAUGGUCGACUACAAGGACUGGCAGAUCGCAUUAUCGCGCCCUUUCCGCGCCAUGAAGCUGUGGGUGGUCUUGCGCCGCUACGGCGCUGUGGCCAUGCGAGCAUACAUACGGAGACACAUCGAUAUGGCCAGGUGGUUCGAGCUGGAGCUGGAGGCCGACGAGAGGUUCGAGGUGGUCGUGCCAAGGAGGUUCUCCCUCGUGGCGUUCCGCCUCCGCCCAAGGCACGAGGGCGACGACGUGGAGGCCUUGAACCGCAGGCUACUCAUGGCCAUCAACUCCAGUACUGGGCGGGCCUUCCUGACACACUUUGUCGUGGAUAACAAGUUCAUUAUCCGUCUGGCCGUGGGCGGGGCCAUGACGGAGAUGCAACACGUCCGGGCUGGAUGGGUGCUUGUUCAGGAGAAGGCAAAGGAAGUAGGCGCCACUCCGGGGCGUUACUAA